AUGGAGGUAACAGUGUUAUGUGAGGUCUUAACCAGCCUCAUUUUAGAUUGUACUACUGUGACAGUACAUGCAGAGAUCAUCGGUUCUACAAAUCUUAUAAUUCUUCUACAGGAUGAAAUCUUUGCCGAUUUUUUCAACACGUUUCUGUCUCUCCCGGUCUUCGGUCAGACACCGUUUUAUAAUGUUGAGAAUUCACAAUGGAGCUUGUGGCCAGAAAUACCUUAUGACUUGAUUGCCAAGUACAAAGGAUUAUUGACCUGGUUGGAAAAAUACCGGUUACCUUUCUUCUGCAAAACAAACUUGUGUUUCUAUUACAUUUUCUGUCAGGAACUCAUCAGUUUUAUUAAGUCCCCAGAAGGAGCCAAGAUGAUGAGAUGGAAAACAGCAGACCAGUGGUUACUUGAGAAAUGCAUCGGUGGGGUCAGAGGGAUGUGGCGUUUCUGUUCCUACCUCAAGGACAGCGUAGGUGAAGAGUUGGUGGAUUUCUGGAUCCUUACUGAGAAGAUCCUGAGCAUAGAUGAGACGGAUUUAUACCUGAGAGACUACUACUUGUCCCUCCUGCUGAUACUUAAGGCCACCCAUCUGCAGGAGGGCUCCAGAGUGGUAACUCUCUGCAACAUGAACAUCAAAUCCCUCCUGAAACUUUCCAUCUGGCACCCCAACCACUCCACCACCAGAAGGGAGAUUCUGAGCCACAUGCAGAAAGUGGCUUUGUUCAAAAUCCAGAGCUAUUGGCUCCCCAACUUUUACACCCACGCCAAAGUGGCAAUGGCCAGUGAGGUCGCCUGUCAUGGGCUGAUGCAGGAAUAUGAGACUCGACUAUGCAGCGUUUGCUGCACACAUGCUGGAGGGCUCCCUCUGAACAUGAGCAUCAAGAAGUCCCACUGCUCCCAGAAGAAGUAUUCGAGCAGGAAAGCCAAGAGGAAGAUGUGGCAGUUAAUUAAUCCUACCUUAAGGCUUCUAGAAACAGAUCCCAAGCCAGAUGUCUCCACUAAGCCCCCACAGGAGAUGAGUCUUCCAGAGAAGGUGGUUUUACAGAGGCCUUCCCUGCAAGAUAAUUCUUCACAAGAGAAAGUAAUCCAUUUCCUAGAAAAGGAUAAUCACGGUGCCAAGAAGCUCAGUGUGAAGAAGAAAUCCAAGAUCUACCUCCACAUGGAGGGCCUCUUUGAGGCCAAGUUCUCUAGCCACCUGAGAAUGUCCACUCCUAUCAUCAAUCACUCUUCCCCACUGACAACGAAGAAGGCAAUCAAGCGAACCCUCUCCUUUGGAUACACUCACCAGGCCCUCUGUGCUGAUGCCUGUGCAGGGAGUCCUUUCCGGUACCACCUGAAGAAAAUUAAUCUGGAACUGGAGGCCCAACUCCUGGACCUUUGGCAGGACCUGCAACAUUUCCUCAAUGUUCUGACGAGCAACAGGAAGACUGGAAACGCAGUCUUUCGUCACAUGCUUGGUAACAGAAUCUGUGAGGUCUACUUAAACGAGCAGACUGGUCCAAGCUUACCACUCAAAUCUCAAACCAUUCAGGGCCUAAAGAAGCUGCUGCCUUCUGGGGACGUGAACCCCUGGAUCCCCAAAGCCCAGAAGGAGAUCUGCAAGGUGCUCUGCCCCUGCUAUGAUGAAUUCCUGAAUGAAGAGGACUACUGGUUCCUCAUUUUCACAACUCAAACGCGGCUCAUCAAAGCCCAGUGGCACAAAAGAGAAUCUACAAGCAAAGAAGAGAACAUUCUUCUUUAUAAGAGGACUCAGGAAUCUCUGGAUUUAAGUUGGGCUUUGGCUAACAUGGAGGAAAUGGAGUCUAUGCAGUGGCAAAAGGUGGCUACUGAGAACCUGAAGCAGGGAGGGUCUCUCCAGGUAGAACUGAAGUCUCCAAUGUUUCUAGAGGAUGUUAGCAAAAUGACCUUUAAGGAGCUCUCCUAUAAGAAUCCAAAGAUGGCCAUAGAGAAGAUCAGCGAGGACUACAAAAUACAUUGUGAAAAAGCACCUCCAGUAGAUUAUACAGUGGAAAUUGUCAAGCAGCCAAAGCUCACACACUCACACAGGAAACCAUCCUUUGUUAAAAAAGCUGUUAUAAGGAAACCUUCAAUGAGACCCAGAAACAUGACUGAAGUUCUCCUAAACAAUCAACAUUUGGAGUACUUCAAGGAGUUCCUGAAAGAACGGAAGGCUGAAACCCCUUUCCAAUUCCUGAUAGCUAUACAGAAGAUCAGUAUGGAGACCAAUGAAAGGAUGUACAAGUCUGCUUUGGAAAAUAUAAUCAAGACUUACUGCCAUGGCAAAGUUUCUCCUGAAGAAAUGCUGCCGUGGGAUGUUCCUGUUAUCAAAGAUAUCGUUCACAUGCGUAAUAUCAACACUACCACGUUGCUGAUGCUCCAAGGCUUUGUCAUGAAAUCUCUGGAAGAAAAGUGGUUUAAAGAAUACCAAGACCUGUUCCCACCACGUUCUCUGGACAUGGAAACUGAAUUGCAGACCCUCCCAAAGAAGCCCUCAAAGUCAGUAACACACCUACAAGAAUCCCAGAAGAAAGUCUGGCUGAAAAUGAUGAACUUCAUCAAGAGCUUCUGCAGUUACCGAAGAUAUAUGCUGAAUCCCAAGAAACGCCAGCAGUUUAUAGACUUUCUCCACCUGGAAAUGUGCAACGCCAAAGAGAAUUUCUCGGCAUCACCCACUGCAACAUCACAUCAUACCCCAGUGUCCCCCGGUGCCCAGAAUACAGAACAGGAGAAUGGAGAAAUAACUCUCAUAAAACGCCGGAUAUUUGGCCACAGGAUUAUCACUGUCAACUUUGCAAUUAAUGAUUUGUAUUUCUUUUCUGAAAUAGAGAAAUUUAACAAUCUGGUGAGUUCAGCUCACUUGCUGCAGAUCAACAGAGCAUACAAUGAGAACGACAUCAGCCUAAUGCGUUCCAAACUUAACAUCAUCCUAAAGCUCUUCCUCAUUUCUGAUGUUCCUCCCAAGCUGAGGGUGAACAUCUCUGAGUCUCAGAAGGAUAUCAUCUUUGCAGCCAUUACAGAGGGCCACCUAGACCGGAACAUCUUCCAUGGGGCUAUCAUGACUGUCUUCCCUGUCCUUAUGUACUUCUGGAAAAGGUUUUGUAUCUGGAAGGCAACACGUUCUUACUUAGAGUACAUGGGAAAGAAGGUCAAGGAUGGAAGAAGUCCUCCAAAGUCUAUAUACAAGUACCCUCCUUGGAACGGAGGUGACCAUGCUGUCUUAAGGUUCACCUUGCUCAGAGGUAUUGAGUGGAUGCAGCCUCAACAGCAGCAGGAAGCAAUAACAAAUUCAGUCCAAAACUCUCCUUGA